CCCUCCCAGAGUUCGUGUAGCACUCCCGAGCGCUCGCAUCGCACAGCUUCUCGUCUGCGUCUGCAGCUCCAAACUGUCUUACCAAGCUCCGGAAGAUCUGGCACUUUGCUCUCGUCUAACAGUUAUGGACAGCGCUAAGGACAUGCUGAUGCGCGCCGAGGGUAGGCAGGUUGGCACACUAUCUGCCAAAAAUGGCUCUAAUUUGACGGAGGCUACUGAAGACCCCAUGCGCAAGCUACCGGACAAACCGAUUAACCAGAACAGACUAAGCCCCGUGCCUUAUUCGCAAAUCCUAGUGGAUGACGCGACAACAGGACAACGUAGCGCAAAGUACGGAGAUGUGACACUUGCUAGCAAGCACUCUGCGCCGGAUAGAACCCUGUCAGACAUUCCUAACAAAGAUGCCAGCAGCUCAGAUGCGGAAUCAGACCUAUAUGAGGAAAUAGAUGUCAGCUGUACCCCAGAGAGCAUGGAUUACCCGAAUGGACAAGGACUGGCAAUGGGCUCGCCAAACCACGGUAAAGAAAUCGGUGUGGACAACAAGAUGGGCUCAGGCCCCGGUGCUCUCAACUAUGGUUCUGACCAGAUGCGAAGGUACAGAACAGCAUUCACAAGAGAGCAGAUAGCACGACUGGAGAAAGAGUUUUACCGGGAAAAUUACGUGUCUAGACCACGUAGGUGCGAGUUGGCAGCUGCCUUAAAUUUACCGGAAACAACAAUAAAGGUUUGGUUUCAGAACCGUCGCAUGAAGGACAAAAGACAGCGGCUGGCCAUGACUUGGCCACAUCCUGCCGACCCCGCCUUUUACACCUAUAUGAUGAGCCAUGCUGCAGCUACGGGUAGCCUACCCUAUCCGUUUCAAUCUCACCUUCCUCUACCUUAUUAUUCUCCACUCAGCGGUGUGACUGCAGGUUCAGUCUCUGCCACCGGGGGUCCAUUCUCCAAUCCUCUGCGCUCGCUGGACAGUUUCCGGGUGCUUUCGCAUCCAUACCCGCGUCCUGAGCUGCUAUGCGCCUUCAGACACCCAUCACUGUACCCCAGCCCGGGUCAUGGGCUUGGUCCCGGGGGAAGCCCAUGCUCCUGCCUUUCCUGUCACGCUUCCAGUCAGUCAAAUGGGCUCCCACAUAGGUCAAACAACGCAGACUUCUCGUGUUCGCCCACGACCAGGACUGAGGCCUUCCUCACAUUUUCGCCAGCGGUCAUCAGCAAAUCAUCUUCAGUGUCUUUGGACCAGAGGGAGGAAGUGCCACUAACCAGAUAGGACGACAUCAAGAAGCCACUGUUUCUUUGGGUAAUAUCCCGAUCAGCUUUGGGCACUUUGGCAAUAUUUAAUAAGUCUUGGCAUGAACUACUCAAAGCAGCUUGCACAUCACAAAAGCAAUCUGCUUUGGUUAAGGUUUCGAAACUGGAUGUUUUCCAGUUAAGAAGCUAUAUGUUGUGCAGACGGAGUCUACUUAUACACUGUCAGGCCACGGACUUUUAAAUAAUCUUUGGAGAAAUUAGAUACUGAUAACACAGAUAGGCUAUCAUAUUAACGCAAAUACAUUUUAAAUAACACCCUAUCAACAAAAAUGUGACAGAGGAGACAAGGAUGACUGGAGGAUAGCGCAAAAAUCUAUCAUAAUUUAUACUCUUUCGUAGCCAUACAAAUUGACCCACAUGCCGUUUCUUCCACAUUAAAACAAUGUUUUUCAUCUAGUUUUUUAACAAGGGGAUUUGUUAACCGAGCACGGCUGGCUCAUUAUUCCUCCUCCACGAACACUCGGUCCCGGUAGCACACUGAAAUGUGCAGAUGCGAGGGAAAUUAAGGAGUGAUGUAUUCGGAAGGGAGAAAUUUUGAAUGUUGAAUUAAUGAUAAUACUGCACGCUCAGAGACUUGUCUGCCAAACCGGUAACAAGGCGCCAGGGGAGCGGAUUAAGAAGCUCCAUGCGAGGCUUGCUGGCUUGACGGGAGAACAUGCGCUAGAGAUCCAUUGGACAAUCACAUGCGGCAAAUUGGGGCAAGCCAGAGAUGGCUGUCUUACCCGCAUACCGUCAGCUGAAUACCCCCAUCCCGUACCGUCUCUUCCUGGCCUUGCUGUUGUCUUCACCUUCACUCUGAAACAAUAAAAUAAACAUACACACAAGUAAAAUGAUAAAUCAAGCAUAAAUGACCCAAAUAUUUAUGGACAUCAUCAGACGUGACAUUAUUUAUUGACCGCAAUAUUUUUACAUUUAUGUAUUUUGAGUUUAACUUCUGCAUCAAGUUUUCUUUAAUGUACAGUUUACGCAUCUUGUUCAGUUAGGUUGAUUUCAGGUUUUGGAAAAUGCGCGAAAAAUGGGUCAGUAGUGUCCUGAUUAAAUUGAAUUUCAUAAUAAACUAUUUCAAAUAAAAGUGUACGGUGACUAAUGUUCAUUCUUUAAACGAUAAGGGUAGGUUAGGUUAUAUACUUAAAAUAUUUUAUAUGAUGAAUCGCUGUAGGCUAUAUUCUCGACGAUGUGUAGAUUAAUCUAUUCACUGCCUAUUCAAAAUAUGUAUCUUUCUAUGAUUGCUGGAAGACAAAUAAGCGGCAAAUCAGUCUGAUUUGAAGAAUCUGAGAACGAAAAUGAAUAAAAGCAGACAAGUAGGCUUCGACAAUAAAAGCACGACAGCAGCAAUUUUCAACAUGACACCAUGUAUUGCUUUAAAUUUACAGUGCUUUGUCACCUUUAUAUCAUAUAUGGCCUCUAUUAUUUUCUUCUGAAACACUGUACUUGGACAUAACCGGACCUCUUGAUCUGAACGAGCUGUUAAGUAGUCCCCGGGUACCUAGCACAAGCCAUAUUCCGGCGCUGUUAAUAAAAAGAUUGGAAUGAAAUGUCUUGUGGAGAUAUUGGAAUGCAAAAAGAUCGAUGAUGCCUCCGCCUCACCAAUCAACUCAUGUUAAUUAGCUGGUCUGUCCGCGUAAUUGUGGCACCUGGAGCGGCAAAUUGAAGCUUUCUGGUUGACAUAAUAGAGAAGGUUGGAUAUCGUGUCUAAACAUAAAAUGUCGAACUGUCAAAGCACAAGCAGAAUUACACAACGACAACAAGUAGACAACCUAAAAUAAAUUACAAUUUUCAGAAUAUAAGUUAUUGCAGUUAGAGACAUUUGUUGGGGGAAAAUGACAGAAAAUAAUAA